GGCGUGGGCGGCUGGCCCGUGGUACUGCCGCUGGUGCCUGCACCCGCGUUCGGGCGAGCGCUGGUGGAAUGGAGGUGACAAGCAAGCAUGCACGCAGUGUCACACUGCGAAGGGGCCAGCGCUCGGUGGACACAAGCUGCCCAAGGCCCCCAGCAUCAGCCUGUCGCAGACCAAGGGUGCAGGCAAAGGCCAGUCGGCGGUCUCCCAGCAGGCGCUGCGAGACAAGGACGCCGAGAUCUCGCGCCUCAAGCAAGCCCUGCAGGACAACAAGCUCAAGGAGGCGACAGGUGGCUCAGCCCUGUUGCCCGAGGCCGAUGCGGCCAAUGACCCUGAGCACAAGCGCCUCAAUGAGAUCGCCGCAUCAUUACGGCAGCUCGGCACGCCGUCGGAGGCCAUCCUCAUCAAGGCCAAGAGUGAUCUCAUCGCCGAGAGGGAUGCGCUCAAGUCCAAGUUGGUCUCCAGCAAGCCAUAUGCUGCCCAAGUGCAGCACUGGACGACUCGCAUCGAAGCCAUUCAGCUCCAAGAGGCCAAGCAGCAGAAGACUAUCGCUAGCCUCCAAGAGCAGCAAGCUGACAUUGCUGCCCAGCUUGCACAAGCAGAGAAGCUGGCCAGUGAGCUGGCCACUGAGAGGAUGGAUCUGGAAACGCAGCGGCAUGCCGUCGCCACGAAAGGACCUGUCCCCGUCCCAGGCCAGUUCAAUCUUACCACGAUGGUGCCCGCCCUCGACUUGUCGGUCCCAGGCCAGUUCAAUCUUACCACGAUGGUGCCCGCCCUCGACUUGUCGGUCCAGCAGCUGGGAGAGCUCCUCUCGGGAGUCGGAGCCGAUGAAACCCUCGGAGGUGUCGUCGAGAAGUCCUUCGCAGCCCUGCGUGAGCUUAAGACGAAGGCCGAGGCCAAGCCGCCCGCUGCGCCACCGACUGCACCACCCAGGGCCGACAUGCCGUCGGCCGAGGAGGUGCGCGCGGCAGACAAGGCGGCAGUUCCCAUGGACACUGACGACAUCGAGGAGCUCAAAGCAUACUACCGUGACAUCACAGGCAGUGAGCCGCCUGAGGAGGAGGAGCAGAUCAGAGCCGCCGCCAAGAGGUGGAUCGCCGCUGCCAAGAACUAUGCCAAGAAGCGCCGUGUGGGCCAGGACGGUGCGGCACCUGGUGCAAGUACAGGCGUGGACCCGACUUGCUGCCUCAAGCAGAUGAUGCAGUGGAUUGGGUUUCUUAUAUUUGCAGUGCUGGUCUUCAUGCUGGCGCUGUCUGUGCAUCUAAUGGGGAGUCUUACUUUAUCGUCGUAUCUUGAUGUCAAGCUGUUCGCGCGCGUUGUCGUGAUCAGCUACCACGUUCUCUUCAGCGGAGUUGAGUGCAUCAACUUCUGCGGCGUCUGCGCUGGCACCGCGCUGGCCUACCACUUCAGCCACUACCAAUGGGAUCUAAUAUCAGAUCCAGGUGGCACUUUCGGCGGCAUGGCGAUCCUGGCGCCCGCGCGUGUGUCCAUCACCCAGGCGCCCCAGUGCCCCGUGGAGAUCGCCCCAGGGAGACUUUUGGCUGCUCAAGUGUUCUGGGGGCCCAAAGGCGGCAUUACCAUGAUCAGCAUCUACCUUCGGGAUAGCGAGGGCCUCAGCGACGCCAAUAUCGACAUCUUAACCAAGGCUGCUGAAUACAUCACCUCGCUCGAAGCUCAGGGCAGGUCCUGGCUGAUAGCGGGAGAUUGGAAUAUGGACAUUUACCUUCUCCGACCUUUCUUCAACAGUCUCAGUGGCAUCGUCGUGCACCCGUCGUGCCCGACUUGUUUGCAGAGCAAGCCUGGGUCCAUGUAUGACUACAUCUGCAUGUCAGCAGCGCUGGCCACCAGGUUGGCAGCGCACAAGAUACUUGGACGUUGGGCUCGCCAUAUGCGGGCCAUGAAGAUGCGCAUGGCAAAGAGCGUAUCUAUUCUCCAAGAGAAUCGAGACUGCAAGCCUGGGGUCUUUCCACGCCAUAUGCUGCCAGUUGCGGGCAUCCAGCUCCAGCGGGCCUCGGAUUGGACUCGUGCGCUCAGCACCUUCGGUUCCUUUCAGGCCGACCUCAUUCGCGAGGACGAUGCACAGAUAUUGCAAGAUGAGGUUCGGUUGUUCACUAAGUUGGCCUGGGACCUCCAGGGCUUCUUCCACAGAGUUUCGCGUAACAAGUGGGUGCCGCCGCUCUUGGACGUCGAGGAUCGCAAUUUUAUCCAGAAUUUGCACGUCACCUUCAGUGCGCCUACCUUGGAGUCCGACGUUCAGAAAGUGCUGGACAAAGUAGAUCGCGUUAUCCAUACUGUGGGCUAUUUCAAGACCCAAGAGUGGCAG